AUUUGAUUAUCUAGGAGAUUCAAUUAUUUCAGAUUAAGGGCCAAAAGUUUACGCAGACGCACUUUGAAAAAUGAGGCAUAUGUAAAUAAAGAGUUUGAUUGAAAUUUGGUAUAUAUACGGGAGUUAUGGGGUGUGUGUUAAAUACAAACACUGUUCGCAUUGGACACAAGGACAAGUAUUAACAACAAGACAAGCAUUAACAUGGUUAUCCUUCUGUUCCUUGUUCUCGUCCCCGCCGUCAUGGGGCACGGCUACCUGCAGGAACCGCCUUCCCGCUCCAGCAUGUGGAGAUUGGGGUUCAGCACACCACGUAACUACAACGACAAUCAACUCUUCUGCGGAGGAUUCGCUAGGCAGUGGGAUAGAAAUGGCGGGAAAUGCGGAGUCUGUGGUGAUCCCUGGGAUGGCGUUCGUGAAAACGAGGCUGGUGGACGCUAUGCAAAAGGAAUAAUAAGUAGGAGAUACACGGAAGGACAGAUCAUUGAUGUUAAAGUCAAAAUUACCGCCUCUCAUUUGGGAUAUUUUGAAUUCCGUUUAUGUCCGAACAACAAUGUUCAUAAACCCGCCACACAGGCCUGCCUUAACCAAUACGUUCUCCAUCAGCCGUCGGGGAGUGUUCGAUUUAUGGAACAGGGACGUCCUCGGGUCUACUCACUAAAACUGAAGCUUCCCACCGGACUGACAUGUUCACAGUGUGUUCUACAGUGGAAAUACAACACUGGCAACAGUUAUGGCAUGUCCUCAGACGGACGAACGUGUAAAGGAUGUGGCAAACAGGAACAGUUUUACGGCUGCGCAGACAUAGCCAUCGGCCACGACCCCAAUGGAUCUCAGCAAAAUGGAAGUUUUCGUCCAAGUGCGACACAAAACGUUGAAUCUCGCCCACAGGUGAUUCCGACAUUUAUCAACGGCAGCGCAAAGUGUAGUGCCACCCCAGCCUUCAGGUUUAUGAAUAACUUUGCCGACAGUUGGUGCAGGUCGAACUGCCGUCAAGCCUACUGCCCCUCAGCGUAUUGUACCUCGGCGUGCCAGAGACUUAGGGUUUAUGGUUAGUUUCAUAGACCUAUCAUUUUCAUUCGUGGAAUAUUGCUGUGAUGCUUUCAUUUUACAUCAUAUCUGAACGGUUUAUCUUUUUAUGUUUCAGCUACAUCUAAUGUUUGCAAUUGGCUUCAAAAAGCUCAUGAACCUUUUUUUUUAAUAUAUAUUAAUUUAUUAAUCUAUUUCUUGUUUAUGUAAUUGUUCAUAUACAUGGUAUAUUAUGUUAUGUUAUUUUUCACUUGUUUUUAUAUAUUUUUACACUUUUUAAUUUUUUUGUAAUAAAAUGAUGAUAUUUCAUACUA